ACAUGUACGACUAUUUUUUUUUUUUUUUGCUAAACACAUCCGCUAUGCUGGCAUGUUGACGAGCAGCUGUCUUUCUCGUACUUUGUAACACAGUUAACUUUCCGGUGCUUUGCGGCUAAAGCUAAGCUAAGUGGGAGCUAACGUUGUUUACCGGCUUGUCCCUGAUCCUCUGAGCCUGCGGAGCUCAUCAUGACGAAGCUGCUGGAGUGGGUGGGCGGCGUGCUGGUCCUGGGCGCCGCCUGGGCGCUGGUCACUUUCGACCUGUUGGAUCUGAGCCUGCCACAGACUUACAAGGAGGUAGCCUGGCCCAUGCCCCUGUACCUGUUGGUGACGUUUGGCUGCUACUCCUUAGCCACUGUGGGAUACCGGGUGGCCACCUUUAAUGACUGUGAGGAGGCAGCGAAAGAGCUCCAGGAACAGAUAAAGGAAGCCAAAGAGGAUCUGAGGAAAAAGGGCCUGAAGAUUUAAAAAACAAAAGACUGUCUUGAGCCAUUUUGAGAGACUCAAGGGAAACACAAAAAACGUUUCUUGUCAGUGUCACCGCUUGUGAUGUCAUUCAAAAUGAUGAGGCUCAAGGUGUGUGAAUGUCAGCAUCCGUCUUUUUUUUUUUUUUUUCCCUCGUUACUUUCUCACCAGCAAAUAUCUGAUCCGAGCAUCAGUCACUGAAAAUGUUUCAGCAUUUAGUUUUGAGACUAGAGUCUGAGUCACUGAUCUGUUAGAGAUUAGAUAUCGAUUGUUUGUACUUGAAGAAAUGGCAAAUGUAAGCAGGACUAGUGGGUUAUUUUUUUUUAUUUAAUCUAAACUAACAACAAAGGCAGCAGUUUGAUUAAAAAAUUGAAUUGUUGCACCACCAGUUAAGGACCUAUUUGUUAUUCUAGCUGUGGUGUUUAAUGCUUUCUAAAUUAUUCUCUGUAACAAGUUGGUCACUGUGAAAUGCCAGACAAUGAAAUCCAAGGUUCAUGCUGGCACAGAGCCCGACUAAAGGCUCAUUUCAUAGGGAAUUGUAAUAUGUGGUCUGCCUACCUGACUCCAGAAAGGGUAUUAUGUAGAUCAAGUUGUUUGUACCCAGAGAUUGUUGCUUGUCUGUAUGUAUGAGUUUGAUUUUUUUUUUUUUUUUUUUUUUUUUUUUAAUCUCUGAAGCUGUGUACAUUCCAUUGUCUGAUUCCAGACUUGUGCCCCGAGGCUUUUGCUGUAACUGAAUAAAAUUACAGUCUGUUUUCCUCA